AUGCAUUCGCUACCAACCAUUUCGAUCUUGUUGCUCGCUGGGGAUGUGUAUGGAAGGGCCCUUCAGCCGGCUACACCUAUCAUCACUCCAGCACCCAGCGUGGCCAACCUCCUCGCCGAGAAGCGGCAAGGUCCUGAUGCAGUAUCACUCGCUAAGGUGCUUCUCACCGCAAUACCAGAGUCUCUUCGCCAGGUCGCCGCCACCAAUCUUCCCGCCGUAUCGAGCAUCCUAUGGGAGGAGUUCCUAGACGAUAAGAAACCGUGGUGGUUUCUCGAGUUGCCAGAGGAUAUUCAGAGUUAUUUGAUCGCGCAGUUUGGGCCGCAGACGGCGAUUCCGAAUCCGACAGUGCCGGCGUGGUCGUCAGCGGUAGUCACGGAUUCAAGUGUGCCAGCGGAGACGAGUGCUGUUUGGCAGACCAGUGCGGCGCAAAGCUCAGCUAAUGAUGUCUCCCAAUCUACAGUUUCUCGGCCUUCCAGUCGGUCAUCCGGUUCAGAAACGGCAUCGACGGUGUCGACCGAGACGACAGCAACAAGGACGCAAACUACCAAGUCUUCGACUGCUAAGUCCAGCUCCACAGGAAGCAGUUCUACUAUACCUCCUGUUCCAAAUCAAGAAUCCGAACGAGGGACUGAAGACCAUGAUGGUCUUUCGAAGGGACAGAAAAUAGGAGUCGGCGUUGGCGUACCGCUAGGUGCCCUUGGACUACUCGCCUUCGCCUUCGGCUGCUGUCUCCUGCGUCGUCGACGUCGCAACAAGUCCGUGAAUGGAUCUGUCCCGCCAUCGUCACCAGGCUUCAUCCCCCGCUUUGCGUUCCAGGAGAAAUCCUACGAGAACCUCGUUCAGAACGACGGCUUCAACACAUCGUCCGACUCGUCCGGCCAGGAUCUCCGCACCAUGGGCUGGGACGACGACGUUAUCGACCCCUUCAACUACACCCCGAACUCCAACAACAACAACCACACCACCACAAACAACCUCCCACCAGCAAUGGCGCCCGCCCUCUUCCACACGCACUCCUCUAACCGCGCCCGCGGCAAACGAACAAGCUACCAAAGCCUGCACUCCGUCGCCGAAGUCAGCGAGCCAGAGGACCCCGAAUCCCCCAUCCUGCCUCGCAGCAGCAACACCAUCCCCAGACCCCCUCUACGCCUAACCACCGUCGCCGAAACCCCCAUUCAACCUCCAAUGGCAGCGGCAGCGGCGGCCGCGAUACCAUCAUCACCACCACACUCCAUAAAACGCAAACCCGUCCCCGCCUCCCCAACCUCACCCACCUCACCCACCUCACCCACCGCCGCCUCAACCCUCGCAUCCCGCACACUCCUCCGCCAAACAAUGCCCUCCUCCCACACCCAAGCUCCCUUCCACCCCUCCUCCCCCGUCUCCCCCAUCCAAAACAACCCCUCUCAAAACCCCUUUACAGCCACCUCCUACAUCGAAGACUACGGCCCCGAAUUCACCCACCACUCCCCCCACCACCAUACCCCCCACCACACCCCACACUUCGCCGCAGCCGAUACAUCAUACGACCCCUACCUAGACCUCGACAUCGACAUCGAAAACGGGCUCUACGGGGGCAACACGAGUUUCUCCCGGUACCCUGCGCCCGCAUCGCCGCCCCCGAGGAAGAGCUCCGGGAGGUCGGAGUGGCCGUUGAGGAGUGGGAACACUGGGUCGGGGUCGGGGUCGGGGGGGAGGAGGUGGAGUGUUGGUAGUGGUGGGAAUGGAGGGAGGAGGGGGAGUAUGGGGUGGGAUAGGGUGUACAGUUAG